UGAUAACUUUUUGAGGAUAUUUACAGUAAAUUAAAUUGAAAAUUUUGGCCCUAAAAUAUGGUUAACGCUUCUCCGAAAAUUUUAUUGGUCCAUGUUACAUACAGAAAAAUCAAUAAACAGUCUGAAUACAGCGUUCAAGAUUAAAAUACUCAACAUAAACCAUAACCAUGACAGACAAAUCUCUCAGGGAAAAACGAUUAGCAAGAUGGUACUUUGGAGGCUUAGCCUCGGCAGGAGCGGCAUGCUGCACUCAUCCACUGGAUCUUUUAAAGGUCCUUCUUCAGACCCAUCAGGAAGGAAAAUUGUCCCUUGUACAGUUGACUGUUCAUAUUGUUAAAAAACAAGGCUUUUUAGCAUUAUACAAUGGUUUAUCAGCUUCACUUCUUCGACAACUAACAUAUUCGACGACACGAUUUGCAAUUUACGAGGUAGUCAAGCAAAAUUAUAGUGUGGAUACAUUUGCAGGCAAGGUAGCUGUGGCCGCAGCCGCCGGAUGCGCUGGGGGCUUCGUAGGGACACCAGGUGAUAUGGUUAAUGUAAGAAUGCAGAACGAUAUAAAAUUACCUGCGGAAAAACGGAGAAACUACAAGCAUGCCUUGGACGGACUAAUUCGUGUCUACAAAGAGGAAGGUAUACUAAGGUUGUUUAGUGGAGCGACCACAGCAUCUUCAAGAGCAGUAUUUAUGACCGUCGGGCAACUGUCGUUUUACGAUCAAAUUAAAGUAACAUUGUUGAAUUCCGGAUAUUUUGGCGACAACCUUACCACACAUUUUCUAUCAAGCUUGAUGGCCGGUGCUAUCGCCACAUCAUUAACUCAGCCUCUGGACGUGUUAAAAACUCGGGCCAUGAACGCCAAACCCGGCGAGUUCUCUUCCUUGUGGGCUAUAAUCGUGCAUACGGCUAAGUUGGGACCAAUGGGUUUCUUCAAGGGUUACGUACCGGCCUUCGUUAGGUUGGCACCGCAAACCAUUCUCACCUUUGUGUUCUUGGAACAACUGCGGCUCAAUCUGGGAUAUUUACCUCUACAAAAACAACAACUGAUUAAUUAGUCUAUUUUUUACGACACAUUUGUUUUUUACCCUUGUGGAGGGUUCCUUUCUCGAAAAUACUUUUGAGUGUUUCGCCAUUAGAAGAAAAUUUACAAAGUAAGAGGUUGGUUGAUAUUGCAAUCAGAUAAUAUAACACUCCUUUUUUGUCAAUACCAGUUGCGUCUCAAAAGUGGCUCACCCUAUAACUUUUUUAUUUUUUC